AUGAGUUAUUACCUUGCUGAUGGUAUAUACCCUCAAUGGACAACAUUGGUUCAAACAAUCUCUUCUCCACAAGGAGCAAAGAAGCAACAUUUUGCAAUGAUGCAAGAGUCAGCAAGGAAGGAUGUAAAGCGGGCAUUCGGAGUGCUCCAAUCUCGAUUUGCAAUUAUAGCUGGUGUUGUACGUUUUUGGGAUCCGAAAAUGCUUGGGAACAUAAUGAAGAGUUGCGUUAUAUUACAUAAUAUUAUUGUCGAAGAUGAGAGAGAGGAGCACCUUGAUUUCGAUUAUAAACUUUCAUCAACUAACGCACUAGUACAACUGUCCUGCAUCAAGACAGCUCCAAAUUUGAAAACUUACACCGGUGUUACCUCAUUUGCUGGAGAACAAAUAGGUCUAAAAUAUUGA